GAAAGCCGCCCGGCUUUUGGGCUACUGUCCAGGAAUUUCACUUUUGAUCGGCCUAGAACGGGGAUCGAUCGAGGGGCUUAGCAAAGGCAACUAUUGUAGCACAUCACAAGUUUCAGGUAGGGAGUAGAGCUUGCUACCAGUGCCCGUUGCCUCGGGAAGAUCUAGGAAGGAAGACGUGAAAUGGAGCCAAUUGGGAGAAUCACUAGGAGGAACCCGACGGGCCGUGUACCGGGUGGAUCCGAACGCGGCAGCCGGGGGUCCACUAGGGUGUCAAGGGGAAGGGGCCGUGGAGGCCAACAACAAACCGUGAGCGAUGGCCACGUCGACACGGAGAGUGAGACUUAUUGGUCCUAUGAGGACUCAACCUAUAGACCGGAAACCGAGCCGGUGGAGACCCCUUAUGAAGGGGAUGAUGAUGAUGUUAGUGACGAGGAGCAAGAUGACUCCUUGGCAAGAAUUGAGGCGCUGCUCCAACAAUACCACCGAGAGCGCGAGGAGAGGAGGG